AUGGGCCAUGGAGGAGACAUGGACAUGGGGGAGGGACAGUGCUCGAUGAAUAUGCUCUUCACCUGGUCCUCGAAGAACUUGUGCAUAAUCUUCCCUCAAUGGCGAGUCACUGGGACGGCGUCUUUGCUCAUCUCCCUCCUUGCGAUCAUCGUUCUUACAGCAGGCUACGAAUGGGUACGGGACAUGAGCAGGCGGUACGAGCAGAGCCACAGUGCCCACUUGCAAGCAUACAACGGCAACACGCAGCCCGAAGAGUCCAGAGUCAGUGAAAUAAGCUCAUUGCUUUCGCCAGGAAAAGACGCCAGAACAAAUGCUGAGAAGAAGGGCGUGAUCAUAAAAGCGGCGUUCUAUGCCGCUCAGGUCUUCUACAGCUUCUUCAUCAUGUGA